CUUGCGACAGAACAGACACAAAUCUCCCGCUUUAUACGAUACGCAGUAUAUGUAUAAUGGAGGUGUGUACUAUCUGGCUGCUGGAGUUUCUGUGUCUCUUAUCCACUUUGGAAAUUGUCAACACAUCAGUUAACACCAGUCGUAAGCCAAAUGUCAAAAUCACCACUCAAAGUUCAAAUCACAGUGCUGCAACCCUUAGUGGCAAAGCAGUAGAUGGCUGUAAAAAACAAACCUUCGUCAACUUCAAUUGUUGCUCACAUACACAUCUAAAUGAAAAGGAGGCAUGGUGGCAAGUAGAUCUAGAGGGACUGAUCGUUAUGGAAUACGUCAAAAUAUACUACAGAAAUGAAGGGUAUCAGCAACAAGAACGAUUUGGUGGCUAUCAAAUAUACCAGUCGAACACGUCGGAUUGGCAGAACGGUCACCUUUGCCAUAAAGACACAACAUCAACGCCAGCCACGUUAUCAUUGACUCCCCAGAUACAAUGUACAGGUAGCGCCAAGUUCCUGACAAUAUACAGCGACAGACGGGCAGGAGGUUUAGUGUGGUACUCUAAUAACGCUAUUCUGGAGCUGUGUGAGGUAGAAGUGUACGGAUGUCCGCUUGGGAAAUAUGGUGAUGGUAAUUGUGAUUCAGAUUGUGAUGUAGGAUGUGCCAAAAGUCUGUGUGAUCCAGUGACCGGAGGAUGUGCAAACUGUGCAGUUGGAUACUAUAGGUUUGGAUCUUUAUGUGUAGAAUGCCCCUCUAAUUGUUAUGAUAACAUAUGUAAUGCAGAAUCUGGUGUUUGUUCUGCGUGUACUCCCGGGUAUUAUGGAAGCCGUUGUUAUCAGACUUGUCCAUUCAACUGUAAAGACAACCGAUGUAUGCAAAGCAAUGGAGAGUGUGAAGACUGUGAGGAUGGAUUCUUCGGAUCGUCCUGUGAUGUCUGCUCUGUUGGUUGUACCAAUCAUGUCUGUGACAAAAUAUCCGGAAAUUGUAGUCACUGUGAGGAUGGAUUCUUCGGAUCGUCCUGUGAUGACUGCUCUGUCGGUUGUACCAAUCGUGUCUGUGACAAAAUAUCCGGAAAUUGUAGCCCAUGCAAACCUGGAUAUUAUGGUGAUAUCUGCAACACAAGCUGCCCGUCCAAUUGUAAAGGGGAUAUAUGUAAUCAGACCAGCGGGUUAUGUACAGAAUGUGCACCCGAUUUUUAUGGCAUUGAAUGUAAGCAGAUUUGUCCGGCAAACUGCCGAGACUCACUAUGUGCCAGAAGUAGCGGGGAUUGUUCAGCAUGUGAGCCUGGUUUCUUUGGACUAAAUUGUAAUAUGUCAUGUUCUGGUCAUUGUGAAUGCCAACAGAACAACGGAACGUGCAUAGUUUGUACGAGUGGAUAUUUUGGACUUAACUGUGAAGAGAAAUGUGGGCAGUGCAGUGUUGUGUCAUGCAGUAGGUCUGAUGGGUUAUGCUUCUGUAGCGACAAGGAACACGGGACAUGCGGAUGUAAACAUGGCUGGGAAGGAGAGAAGUGCACUACAAAGAUGGUAAUGGAAGUCUCAUACGACCAAACAGGAACGUACGCUGGGGCUGGUGUUGGAGUAGUGAUUGUGAUUGUUCUUUUUGUUAUAGCAACUGUCAUCAUCUUUAGAAGGAAACGAUUACCAAAACACAAAAAGGAAAUUCCCCGUGAAGACAGAGGCAAGACGUUUGAAAAUGUAGAGUGUUCACCAUUCCCGUUUGAAACGUCAGACACGCAAACAAAUAUUGGAG